GUGAUGGCUAGCGUAGGUUUUGACGGUAACCUCAAGUCUUUCUUCAAAUACAUAGAGAACAUUCCAAAAUUCUACAAUCACACCAAGGAAGAGAUUCUGAUCCGCUACCGCACACUUCUUGAUGACGUCAUCGUUCCUCGUCUGGACACUAUGUUCUAUAACUUCUCCAUCACCCCAGUCACAGUUGUUCCCGUGGAAAGAGACGGCCCAUGGGGUUCCUAUGGCGUUGGAUACUUCUACGUCAAUUUGAAGGAACCAAGGAAAAGAUCCACGUUCACCAUGUUACCACUAACGCUACACGAGGCGUACCCAGGCCACCACUUCCAAGACUACUAUUCCAAGCACUGGGAAAUCCCGAUGUACCGCGCACAGCCAAUGAACGGCCGGCUGUACAGUGUGCCCUUCCACUUCCCUGUGUACAGCGCCUAUGCCGAGGGCUGGGCUCUCUACUCGGAGUUCUUGGGACACGAGCUGGGUCUCUAUGAGGAGCCCUAUGAUUUGUGAAAAAUUCAACUUGAAAGAGUUUCACCACCAGGUUUUGAAGGUGGGUUAUGUUCCCUUGGAUAUUCUGCAGGAGAUAAUUGACGAGUGGGUGGAGUCACAGAUAGAGCCGGAAGAAACGGUGACGUCAGAGCAUGAGGAGGCGGCCAAUCAACGCUCAGGAUCCAUUACCAUUCCAAAAUCCCCAUUAUUUGUUUCGUUUCUGUGUGUCCUAUACGCUGCUGUACAGAGGCACGGCUCGUAGUUUGGAGUGGUGGAGGGCUGUGGUUUUCGCGUAUCCGAAUUGAAAAGGUUCCAUCUACUAAAUCAAUUAUUUAUGCUACACUUCACCUUGGUCCAAUUCAACUUCAACGCUCUAAGCUGGUUGCACAACAACAACAACAUUAACAACAGCAACAACAGCAGCAGCAGCAGCAACAACAACAGCAACAACAACAACACCCCCUCCCUCUCCGGCCCCCGAAAAAAAAA